AUUUAAAUUCAGAGGGAAAAUUCAUAUAACAAAUGAGCUCAGAAUUUAUAUAAGAUGGAACUCCAUUUACAAAAUUGUUUUAAAGAUUAGAAAAAAUUCAUAAAUCUCCAGUUUUUAAUGCUGAAUGUAUUCACAACCAAGAUGAAAUAUAUAUAAAAGACUAAUCACCUGAAUAAGUAUGUAAGAAAUUAGAGUUUACACCAUGUUUAAAGUCUCCCAAUUAGUACUCUAUUAUAUAAAUCAAUUUUAGAUUUUAACCUUAUUCUCCAUUAAAUCAUUAAACAACAAAAAAAGCUAAUAUAUUUAUAAUAUCACCAGCAAGAUAAAUAAAUUUCGAUCACACUAAGACAGAACAACGACUUGUGAAUAUCAGUUCACCACUUAGUUCUCUUAAAGUUCCAAAUGAUUUAUUAUGUGAGGAAGAAGAAAUUUUAUCUGAUGACUAAGAUAUUCAUUCUUAAUUUAGAAGUCCCCCUAAAUCUCCACAUAGAAAAUUAGAAAGAGCCACAAAAUUGAAAUUCAUUAAUUUUGUUACACUCAAGAAACCUCUCAAAUUUACUAGUGAUUAAGUUAAUAAUAGAAAGAGGACUAGCUCUAAAAGAAGAAAACCAUUAACAGAAUAGAAACCUAAAAUUAUAGUUUGUAAUUGUAAGAAAUCAAAAUGUCUAAAAUUAUAUUGUGAUUGUUUUGCUGCUGGAGUUCCAUGUGGAAAAGAUUGUAAUUGUUGUUCCUGUCAUAAUAAUGAUGAUCAUACAAAAGAAAGAGAAAAUAUAAUUUAAUAAAUUAUGGAAAGAAAUCCAUAAGCAUUUCGACCAAAAGUUGAAUCUAGAGUAUUAUAAAUAUAUAAUUUAUAGAGUAAUUCUGAAGAUGAAAUAGAUCAAAAGCCUAGACAUUUUAAGGGAUGUAAUUGUAAGAAAUCAAAUUGUUUAAAAAAAUAUUGUGAAUGCUAUUAAAUGGGAGUAAAAUGUUCUGAAUUAUGUAAAUGUGAUGAUUGUAAAAACUGUGAAAUGCCAAUUAAAAAAGAAUCAAGAAAAAGAGUUAAACAUACACAUUCAUGUUUUAAAAAUGUAGAGAUUUAUUGA